CCAUGUUGAGCCCUGCCAACGAGGAGCAGAUCCACCUGGUGAACUACGUGGAGGACUACCUGGACUCCAUCGAGUCUCUGCCUUUUGAUCUGCAGAGAAACGUCUCUCUGAUGCGGGAGAUCGACGCGAAAUACCAAGAGAUCCUGAAGGAGCUGGAUGAGUACUACGAGAAGUUCAGGCGGGAGGCAGAUGGCACCCAGAAGCGGAGAGCGCUGCACUGCAUCCAGCAGGCGCUGAUCCGCAGCCAGGAGCUGGGCGACGAGAAGACCCAGCUCGUGAGUCAGAUGGUGGAGCUGGUGGAGAAACGGGCCCGGCAGCUGGACAGCCACGUGGAGCUGCUUGAGGCCCACCAGGAGGCCGCUGACGCCACGGGCCACAGCAAAGCCGGCCAGGACAAGUCCAAAAACGAGGCAAUCGCCCAGGCAGAGAAGCCCAACAAGAGGUCCCGGCGACAGCGCAACAACGAGAACCCGGAGAACGCCGCAAACAAUCACGAGAACAAUGGCGUCACUUCCGGGACGCCCAAGGAGAAGGCGGCCAAGGCCUCCAAGAAGAAGAAGCACUGCAAGGCCAAAGCGGAGAGGGAGGUGUUCCCCGCGGACCUGCCCAUAGACCCGAACGAGCCCACGUACUGUCUGUGCAACCAGGUCUCCUACGGGGAGAUGAUUGGCUGCGACAACGACGAGUGCCCCAUGGAGUGGUUCCACUUCUCCUGCGUGGGGGUGAGCCACAAGCCCAAGGGCAAGUGGUACUGCCCCAAGUGCCGGGGCAAGAGCGAGAAGACCAUGGACAAGGCUCUGAAGAAGUCCAAGCGGGAGCGGGCCUACAACAGGGUGCAGUCAGGGCUGAGAACCACUGAUCCACACAGACUGGGGAAACAGAACUCGCCUGCUAGAUAAGGCUUUGACUGCAUGAAGAAACACUGCUGACCACUCGAGACUGUACUGCUUACGACUUGCUCAAUAAAUCUUGCCUGCUUGAUCUAAAAAAAACAAAAAAGAAACAUGGCUUGGGGGAGUGGCUCGAGGAAGAGGGAGAAAUAUUGGGUGGAAGAGUCAGAGGCUGUGCCUUCUAAUCGCAUUUUCGGAAAACAGAACUAGUGCAAAGAACUAUUAAACUCUGGAGGCAAAGAGGCUGCUACCUGUCAUUCUCAUUCAUGGCUGCCACUCUCCCCGAG